AUGGACGAGAGUGAUUCUGAAAUUAAAAUGUCGAGUGACGGCCAAAAUGAACCAGAAAAAACGAAAAUAUCUGCCCAAGGAGAACCAAUAAAAGAAUUUUCGCUUGAUUUGGAUGAGGAUGGCAUAUGGAGAACAGGUCCCUAUUCGAACAAAUUUUCAGUUAAAACGAUGAAAGAUAUCAUUGAAAACUGUGUGACAUCGUCAAAUCUCACCGAUUUUCGUUUGCCAGUGUUUUCGGAACCGUCAGUGAAAUUCGCAAAAUUUCGAAACGAAGAUCAUAAACUUUGUGAUGGACUGUCUUGGUGGAAGACAACGAAUGGUAGAAAAAUCCGUCCGAGACCCAGAAAGAUCGAAUACGAUGGAUGCUCUUACAGAUAUUACAAUUGCAUCAAUCCUAAUGAUGAUGCUUUCAAAAAAUUUGAGAUUUAUCCGGAGAAGGAAGAGUUCUUUUUCGUAGUAUACGUGUCUCAAAAUGGUCGAAUGGACUACGAUGUUCUGAAAUCAUCAAAACCUAACAGACUAACUGAAGCAGAGUGUCAAUUGAUUCAUCGGUCCCUGAAAGGAAGAACUGUGAAAGGAGCUUUCGAAGAUCUAAAAUCAGGAGCCCUUAAUUUCAGUACCCGCCAAAUCAGAAACCAGAUGAAGUAUCAGCCGGAUUGUGUGAAGUCGAAGAGGGGCCGCGUGAGCGUGACAACACCAGAAUCACUCGCAUCUUUUGGAACAGAAAAUGGCUUCCGUCUAUUUUCUAGUGAUAACCAGUUUGGAGCGAUUUAUCUCGAUUCGGACACACUGAAUCUUUAUAUGAAUAGUCUACCGACAAAACAAACUGUACUGGAAUAUAGAAAGCUUUUAACUGGAUGCGAAGAUUGGACUUCAGAAGAAGUCAAUGAUUUUUUAUCUUGUUACAGUCCGACAGCAAAUAGUGGGAUUAUUAAGCAUAUGGCUGGACAGUUACAGAUUGAUAGCACUUUUGAUUUGUCAGAUUGUGUUGUGACAACAAUCUCUGGAGAUAUAGGAGACUUCACAUCGCGCUGCAGCGGAAAAAUUCGCCAUGUUCUUUUAGGAUUCAUGAUUUCCUCGUCGAAAAAUGCACUAAAUCACAAGAGUUUUGCUCGCGAAAUUGACGAUUUCUUCCUGCAAGUUGAUCCUAUGCGAAAAAAAUCAAUUCCAUCACUGAUGACAGACGGCGAAGAAUCUUUUAAAUAUUACAGCAAGAUGAAAUAUUUGGAAGACACUCAAGUUCUCAGGUGUCUAGUACAUCGUCGAAACAACUUGACAUUCAUUCAAAGUAAAAAGAAUAUAAGCCAGUCAGAUUUGAACAAAAUUUUCGGAAGACAGAUUGGAGAUGAAGUUGAAAAUGGAAUUUUCAAUGUAAUGAGUUCAGAAGCGAUGGAAGCGGAGAUUGUCAAGUGUAAUUUUGCGCCGGCUCUAAAGAAGUGCUUCGCUGUACUCAGUACACUGCCAACGAAAAAAUGCCAAGAAGUUCUGAAUAUUCGCGAAAAGUUCUUGAUUUCACUGUCGAGGAGUUUGCAAAUCAAAUCAAUCAACGACGGAAAAGACGCAAAAAGAUACCCGAACCGGAAGUACUCUAAAAGGUCACAUAAUAACGGCGGGAGAACUGUAUCCGAAUUCAAGAAGGUCAAUAGAAAUGUCUCUGGCGAGUCUGAAAGCGGUGAUGAUGAAAGGAAAGCAGAUGGGAAUAUUUCUAGUGAUGAGGAAAAUGACAGUGAUUGUGAUGUGAAUAGCUUGAAUUCUAAACCCAAUGUCUUCGAUGAGUCGGGAGAUAUCGUCGAGGAUGAAAUUAGUUGUAAUUCCAAUGAUGAACAUGUCAAUCUAGUCCUUGACCCUUCUGUGGAUCACUUGAACUCUCAUGAUUCUUGCAUGGAUCUUUCUGAUGAUCCAAGAAAGUAUGACAGCGAUUCUGAUGAGGAGAAUGAUAUUUUCGGAUAUCAGAAUGUCAAUCCAGUGCCGAAGCCAUCAAAUCGUGUCUCGAAUGAUCAUAGUUCACAGAUCGAUCUUCGUGAUGUUCUUGGAGAAAAGGGCUCGAGAAAGCCUGAAAGCGAUUCUGAAGAAGUGACCGAUGUUUCCACAGGACAACAUGUGAAACCAAUGUCUCUCAAAGAAAAGUUUCCGAUUGGAUACAUGCAUCGACUUUCGGAUGAUUCAGACGACAGUGAGACAAAAGACACCGAAACAACACCAGAAGACUGUCCAUCACCGCCUAGAAAGAAGUCAAAGAGAAACUCAGGUCCUCCUUCCCGCUACCAAGCUUCCUUCAAAUAA